AUGGCUUCUCACCAUGUGUUUUUGAGCUUCAGAGGCGAAGACGUUCGGAACAACUUCCUCAGUCAUCUCUAUGACGCUCUUAACCGAAAAGGAAUCUUCACUUAUGUUGAUAGUGAGGAGCUCAGAAAAGGAGAGCAAAUAGCGCCGGCACUUAUGAAGGCGAUUGAGGAAUCGCAGAUCGCAAUCAUCAUUUUCUCUGAGGGUUACGCUUUCUCACGGUGGUGUUUGGAAGAGGUGGCGAAAAUCAUGAACUGCAAGGAAGAAAGAGACCUCAAAGUCUUUCCAAUAUUUUACAAAGUGGAACCCAAAGAAGUGAGAACACCAAGAGACAAAUACAAAAAAGCUAUGCUUGAGCACGAGUCCAAGAUCGGGAAGGAUUCGGAGGAAGUGAAGAGAUGGAAGAAAGCUCUUCUUGAUGCUGCUAGCUUGUCCGGGUGGCAUUUGAAAGAUGGAAAUGAGUCAGAGUUUAUUCAAAGAAUUGUGAUGGAAAUCUCCACUCACGUAAACCGAGCACCUUUGCAUGUUGCUAAGUAUCCGGUGAGGAUAGAUUCCCAAGUUGUUAAGUUGGAAUCGAUGUUAAACCUUCAGUCUGAUGACGAUGUUCUCAUGGUGGGAUUGUGGGGAAAAGGAGGCAUAGGAAAGACGACUUUAGCCAAAGCCGUUUAUAAUAGUAUUUUCAAGCAAUUUGAGAGUUCAUGUUUUCUGCCGAAUGUUCGAGAAGCUUCAAAAAACUGCAAAGAUUUAGUUACUUUGCAAGAAAACUUGCUAUUUGAGGUGUUAGCACUGGAAGAAAGAUUAGUAGUGUCCAGUGUUGAUAGAGGUAUUAAUCAAAUACAAGAGAGAUUUUGUCGCAAAAAAGUUCUCCUUAUCUUUGAUGAUGUGGAUGACUUGCGCUAUAAUGGAAGCGGGAUCAUCGUCACUACAAGAGAUAAGCAUCUAUUGACUGGUCACGGGAUAGAUUUAGAUCAUGUGUAUGAAGUUAAAGAACUGGAUAAGGAUGUAGCUCAUGAGUUACUUAGUAAGCAUGCUUUUCCGACACACCAAAAAUUUGAAAUUAGGACAGAUCUAGUGGAUGGUGUUCUGAAUCAUGCUAAAGGUCUUCCUUUAGCACUUGAGGUGCUAGGUUCCUUCUUACGUGGUAGAAGAGAAGAUGAAUGGGAAAGUGCACUGGAUAAAGUUUCUAUGUCUCCUAAGAAAGACAUCAAUGAUGUGCUCAAAAUAAGUUAUGAUGGACUAGAGACAAAUGAGAAAGAGAUUUUUCUUCACAUUGCCUGUUUCUUUAAGGGGCGCGAAACUAAGUAUGUAGAGAACGUUCUUGAAAGUUGUGAUUUUAAGGUAGUAAUAGGAUUAUCAAUUCUCACCGAGAGGUCCUUAAUAAGAAUUCAGUCCAAAAAUAUAGAAAUGCAUGACUUGAUUCAAUUGAUGGGUAUGGAUAUUGUGAACCAAGAAAGCGAUGAUCCCGGGAGAUGCAGCAGGCUAUGGUUGUGUGAUGACGUUGUUGAAGUUGUGUCUAGUGACAUGGACUUCCAAUUUUUGAAGCACGUUAAUUUCAGUCAUUGCGAGUCGCUGGUUUGCCUGCCCGACUUCUGGUGUACUCCAAAUCUCGAGGAAUUAAAUAUCAGUGAUUGCAAAGACUUGGUAGAAGCCCACCCGUCCAUCGCAGAUCAUGACAAGUUGCAGAAAUGGUCUUGUUGCGGAAGUCUUCUCCCCGGAGGAGAGAUGCCACAGUGGAUCCUUCCUCAUGAAGAGCGCUCCGUAUCUUUUAUGGCUUCGAAGGACAUAUAUGACAAGAUUCUUGGAAUGGUUCUAUGUUUCGUUUUUCGUCCUGAUGAACAGGGAACAAAACCCGAGUUUCGGAUUUCUGCACAUGUUAAUGGUGAAAUGCGGAAAGCCGAUGGAGUAGUGUGUUCCCAUUCGUUGGAUUCGGAGCAUGUCUUACUUCUGUAUUUCAGACCAACUAAGCUGUGGGAAGAAGUCGAUUUUUGUGAAAUUGAUGGAAAUUAUGCAGAGUUUGGGGUUACAAUAUCAGGUGGAAAUAUGACAAAGUUGGGAUCCCGAAUAAUAUGCAAGCAUCUAGGGGAUGAUGCUGAGCUUCGAGACAAUCAGCUGAUUGAUCUAGCUUUAUUCUACGAGGUUGAUUGUGAAUCAACAGAUUCUGACUUGCGAGAUUGUGAAAUGGCCGCCGAGAAACACAGUCAAAUGAUAUCGAAGAGAUCCCCCCUCGAGGCUUGCGAACUAGGACUACGUGGACUUCUAAUAGAAGCAAUUCCUAGGUCAGUAAAAUUCAGCUGA